CACCGGCACCGCCGCCAGGACCCGGCACCGGGCAUGGCCCGGCCCGGCAGCUGAGCCCGCAGCGCGCAGGCUGGGAGGUGACACCGGAGCCGCCGCGAGGUUCCCGAGCGAGGGCCGAGGAUUCCUGGGGCGGAUCCGGCCGGGACCGGGACCCCACCAAGAUGGAGCGCGAGGAGGAGACGCGGGAGAUCCUCCUGCCCAACUGGCAGGGCAGCGGCUCCCACGGCAUCACCAUCGCCCAGACCGACGACGGCGUCUUCGUGCGGCGCGUCCAGCAGAACUCGCCGGCCGCCCGCAUGGGCGUCGUCAAGGAAGGGGAUCAGAUCGUCAGCGCCACCGUCUACUUCGACAACCUGCAGUCGGGGGAGGUGGCGCAGCUGCUGCAGACCAUGGGCCACCACACGGUGGGACUGCGGCUGCAGCGCCGCGGCGACCGCUCGCCGCUGGCCGGACAGAGCUGCGGCCAGCUGGCCUUGGCGCCCCGGAGCCCCGAGGUCGUGCUGAGCGGCGAUGACGAGGAGUACCAGCGCAUCUACACCACCAAAAUCAAACCGCGGCUCAAGUCCGAGGAGGGGCCGGAGGCCGAGGCCGGGGGGACGCAGAGCAGGACCAUCACGGUCACCCGCAAGGUCACCGCCUACACCGUGGACGUCACCAGCCACGACGGCGACCUCAGCGUCAUCGGCGGCCCCGACUUCAACGUCCGCGUCCCCACGCCGGAGCUCGGGACCACGUCCGGUGCCGACGUCCGAGCGGGGCCGGGGAACCUGCCCGGGACACCUGAGGGGCUUCACCUUCAGCCCCAGAGCCAAAUUCCUGGUGGAGAAACUGGAAAAUCCCUCCCGGGCUGGAAGGGCUCCGGUGCCUUCCCGGGGUCGCCCCGCAUCGAGGGCAACGGACAGUUUGGAGAGCUGGACGGGUCAUUCCACGCCGUGGGGCUGGACGGGCAGGGCCACGUGUCCGGCGGGGCUCCGUGUCCGCAGGGAGAGGUCGGCGGCUCCUCGCCACCCGUGGAUGUGGGGAAAAUCAAGAUCCCGACAUUAAAAAUCCCCAAAUUCGGGUUCCAGGCCGGCGGCGACGCCGCGGCCCCGCAGGUGGGCGCCGGGAUGGACGUCACCUGCUCGCCCGUGCCGGGCGUUUCCUCCCCGUCCGGCAAAGCCCCCGCGCCGCAGGUGGACGUGGCGGUCAAAGGCGCCACCAAGGUCCCCUCCCCUCCGCUGGACGUCCCCGGCGUGGAGGUCCCGGCCCCGGACGGCGCCAAGGGGAAAAUCAAAAUCCCGCACUUGACCUUCCCCAAAUUCACCGCCCAGGGCGACGGCGCCACCGCGGAGGUCCCCAAGGGCGUGGCCGUCCCCGAGGUGGCCCUGGAAGGAGAAUGGAAAGGCCCCACCUUCAAGAAGGUGGAAACGCCCCAAAUUUCGCUGUCGGACGUGAACCUGAACCUGAAGGGCCCCAGAGGGGAAGGGGACCUCAAAGGACUCGGCCCCAAGGGGCUCCAGGUGGACCUGAAGGGUCCCGAGGUGGAAGUGGCCGGGCCAGGGCGUGGCCUGAAGGGCGUGGAGAUGGACGUUGACGUGAAGGGGGUGAAGGGAGGAGUGGACGUGUCCGUGCCGGCCGUGGCGGGCGAACUGGACCUUAAAGGGCCCCAAAUUGGGGUGGAGGUGCCCGGAGUGGACAUCAAAGGCCCCGCGGUGAAGAUGCCCGAGAUGAGCAUCAAGACCCCCCAAAUCUCCGCGCCCGACGUCGACCUGAGCCUCAAAGGGCCCGGAGUGAAGGGAAAUCUGGAUGUUUCUGCCCCAAAACUGGAAGGGGAGCUGAAAACCCCCGGACUGGACAUCAAAGGCCCCAAAGUGGAGGUUGGGAGUCCAGAAAUGGAGAUCCAGGGGCCCGAGUGCAAACUGAAGUUCCCCAAGCUGAAAAUGCCCAAAUUUGGGGUGAAGGGAGAGACCCCCAGCGUCGAUGUGACCCUUCCAAAGGGGGGGGUGGACGUCUCCGGCCCCAAGGUGGACGUCAGCGUCCCGAGCGUGGACAUCAAGGGCCCCAAAGUGGACAUUGAAGCACCUGAAGUGGACGUUCACGGCCCCGAGGGGAAAUUCAAGAUGCCCAAGUUCAAAAUGCCCAAAUUUGGGAUGCCCGGGGUCAAAGCAGAAGGUCCAGAGCUGGACGUGAACCUCCCAAAGGGCGGCGUGGAGGUGUCCGGCCCCAAGGUGGACGUUGAGGCGCCGAGUUUGGACAUCCAAGGGCCCGAAAUGCACCUCAAGGCCCCCAAAAUCUCCGUGCCAGACGUUGACUUGACCCUGAACGGUGCCAAGGCCAGCGGCGACCUGGACGUGUCCGUGCCAGGCUUGAAGGGCCCCGAACUGGACAUCAAAGGCCCCAAAGUGGAGGUUGAAGCCCCAGAUUUGGAUGUCCAAGGCCCCGAGGGCAAACUGAAGUUCCCCAAGCUGAAAAUGCCCAAAUUUGGGGUGAAGGGAGAGAGCCCCGACCUCGAGGUGGCCCUUCCCAAGGGCAGAGUGGACGUUUCGGGUCCCGGCGUCGCCGUCGAGGUCCCCGGCGUGGACCUGAAGGGCCCCAAGGUGAAGGUGCCCGAGGUGAGCAUCAAAACCCCCCAGAUCUCCAUGCCCGACAUCGACCUGAACCUCAAAGGGCCCAAAGUCAAGGCAGAUUUGGACGUUUCCACCCCAAAACUGGAAGGGGAGCUGAAAACCCCCGGACUGGACAUCAAAGGCCCCAAAGUCGAGGUUGAGGCGCCGGAUUUGGAUGUCCAAGGCCCCGAGGGCAAACUGAAGUUCCCCAAGCUGAAAAUGCCCAAAUUUGGGGUGAAGGGAGAGAGCCCCGACCUGGAGGUGACGCUCCCGAAGGGGGAGGUGGACAUUUCCGCCCCCAAGGUGGACAUCGACGUCCCGAGCGUGGACGUGGAAGGGCCGGAGGUCAAAGGGAAAGGCCUCAAGUUCAAAAUGCCCGACCUCAACGUUCAGACCCCAAAACUCUCCAUGCCAGACGUGGAUCUGGGCUUGAAGGCCCCGAAACUGAAAGGGGACGCCGGAAUUUCUGGGCUGAAGGGCCCGAAAAUCGACGUGAAAGGCCCCAAAGUGGACGUGGAAGGUGCCAAAAUUGACGUGAAAGGCCCCAAAGUGGAUGUGGAAAGUCCCAAAAUCGAUGUGAAAGGUCCCAAGUUGGAUGUGGAAGGUCCCAAGUUGGAUGUUGACGUGCCCGAGGUGGACUUGGAAUGUCCAGAAGGGAAGAUGAAAGGCCCCAAAUUCAAGAUGCCGAAACUCAACAUCAAAUCCCCCAAAAUCUCGAUGCCGGACGUGGAUUUGAACCUGAAGGGACACAAAGUGAAGGGAGAGGUGGACGUGUCCCUCCCCAAGGCCGAAGGUGACAUCAAGGGGCCGAAGGUGGACGUGGAGGUCCCGGAUGUCCACCUGGAGGGCCCAGAGGCCAAACUGAAAAUGCCCAAAAUGAAAUUGCCUCAUUUCAACGUGUCCGGCCCCGAGGUGGACGUGGCCCUGCCCAAAGGAGAGGUGGACGUCUCUGGGCCGGAGGUGGACAUUGAGGGGCCGGAGGUGGACGUUGGAGGAGCGGAAGGGAAAUGGAAAGGUCCCAAAUUCCGGAUGCCGAAGCUGAACAUCAAAUCCCCCAAAAUCUCGAUGCCGGACGUGGACCUGAACCUGAAGGGACCCAAAGUGAAGGGAGAGGUGGACGUGUCCCUCCCCAAGGUGGAAGGGGAAUUGAAAGCUCCAGAAGUGGACAUUAAGGGGCCGAAAGUGGACGUGCAGGUGCCCAGCGUGGAUUUGGAGGGUCCCGAGGGGAAGAUCAAAGGUCCCAAGUUCAAGAUGCCCGAGAUGCACAUCAAGACCCAGAAGAUCUCCAUGCCCGACGUGGACAUCAGCCUCAAGGGCCCCAAGGCCAAGGGCGAUGUGGAGAUGUCCCUUCCAAAGCUGGAGGGUGACCUGAAGGGCCCUGAAAUUGACCUCAAGGGCCCCAAAGUGGACGUUGAUGUGCCAGAUGUGGACAUUCAUGGCCCUGAGGGAAAAUUCAAGAUGCCCAAGUUCAAGAUGCCCAAAUUUGGGAUGCCCGGGGUCAAGGCAGAAGGUCCCGAGGUGGACGUGAACCUCCAGACAGGAGACCUGGAUGUGACCGGCCCCAAGGUGGACAUUGAAGGUCCAGAGGUGGACGUUGAUCUCCCAGAGGGGAAGGUGAAGGGCCCCAAGUUCAAGAUGCCCGAGAUGCACUUCAAGACCCCCAAAAUCUCCAUGCCCGACAUCGAUUUGAAUCUAAAGGGUCCGAAACUGAAGGGAGAUGUCGAUGUCUCUGUCCCUAAGCUCGAGGGUGACCUGAAAGGUCCCGAAAUUGACCUCAAGGGCCCCAAAGUGGACAUUGAGGCACCUGAUGUGGACAUUCAUGGCCCUGAGGGAAAAUUCAAGAUGCCCAAGUUCAAGAUGCCCAAAUUCGGGAUGCCCGGGGUCAAGGCAGAAGGUCCCGAGGUGGAUGUGAACCUCCAGACAGGAGACCUGGAUGUGAGUGGUCCCAAGGUGGACAUUGAAGGUCCAGAGGUGGACGUGGAGCUGCCAGAGGGGAAGGUGAAGGGCCCCAAGUUCAAGAUGCCCGAGAUGCACAUCAAAGCCCCCAAGAUCUCCAUGCCCGACGUUGACUUCAACCUCAAAGGCCCCAAAUUGAAGGGGGACAUCGAUGUUUCUGCUCCAAAGCUGGAGGGUGACCUGAAGGGCCCAGAAAUUGACAUCAAGGGCCCCAAAGUGGACGUUGAUGUGCCAGAUGUGGACAUUCAUGGCCCUGAGGGAAAAUUCAAGAUGCCCAAGUUCAAGAUGCCCAAAUUUGGGAUGCCCGGGGUCAAGGCAGAAGGUCCCGAGGUGGACGUGAACCUCCAGACAGGAAACCUGGAUGUGAGUGGCCCCAAGGUGGACAUUGAAGGUCCAGAGGUGGACGUGGAGCUGCCAGAGGGGAAGGUGAAGGGCCCCAAGUUCAAGAUGCCUGAGAUGCAUUUUAAGACCCCCAAGAUCUCCAUGCCUGAUAUCGACCUCAACCUGAAGGGCCCCAAAUUGAAGGGGGACGUUGACGUUUCCCUUCCCAAAGUGGAGGGAGACCUGAAAGGUCCCGAAAUUGACAUCAAAGGCCCCAAAGUUGAUGUUGAUCUCCCCGACGUUGAACUGGAAGGUCCCGAGGGGAAGAUCAAAGGUCCCAAGUUCAAGAUGCCCGAGAUGCACAUCAAGGCCCCCAAGAUCUCCAUGCCCGAUGUCGACUUCAGCCUCAAGGGCCCCAAGGUCAAGGGGGACAUCGAUGUCUCUGUCCCAAAGCUGGAGGGUGACCUGAAGGGGCCUGAACUGGACAUCAAGGGCCCCAAAAUGGACAUUGAGGCACCCGAUGUGGACAUUCACGGCCCAGAAGGAAAAUUCAAGAUGCCCAAGUUCAAGAUGCCCAAAUUUGGGCUGAAGGGAGAAGGCCCCGAGGUGGACGUGAACCUCCCAAAAGGAGACCUGGAUGUGUCUGGCCCCAAGGUGGACGUGGAGAUGCCGAGUGUGGACAUUGAGGGCCCCGAGGGGAAGAUCAAAGGCCCCAAGUUCAAGAUGCCCGAGAUGAACAUCAAGGCCCCCAAGAUCUCCAUGCCCGACAUUGACCUAAACCUGAAGGGCCCCAAAGUCAAGGGGGGUGUGGAUGUCUCCGUCCCGAAAUUGGAGUGCGACCUGAAAGGUCCGGAUGUGAACAUUAAAGGUCCGAAGUUGGAUGUGGACGUUCCUGACGUGGAUGUUGAAGGUCCCGAGGGGAAGUGGAAGGUACCCAAAUUCAAGAUGCCGGAGAUGAACAUCAAGGCGCCGAAAUUUUCUCUGCCUGAUGUUGACCUGAACCUGAAAGGUCCCAAAGUGAAGGGAGAAGUGGACGUUUCUGCCCCAAAAAUAGAAGGUGACGUGAAAGUGCCGGAUCUGGAGUUGAAAGGACCCAAAGUGGACGUGGAUGUCCCCGACAUUGAACUGGAGGGCCCCGAGGGGAAGAUCAAAGGCCCCAAGUUCAAGAUGCCCGAGAUGCACUUCAAGGCCCCCAAGAUCUCCAUGCCCGACUUUGAUCUGAACCUCAAAGGCCCCAAAGUGAAAGGAGAUGUGGAUGCGUCCGUCCCAAAAAUUGAGGGAGAUUUGAAGGCCCCAGAUGUUGACAUCAAAGGCCCCAGAGUCAAUGUCGACCUCCCCGACGUCGAACUGGAGUGUCCUGAAGCGAAGCUGAAGGGCCCCAAGUUCAAGAUGCCCGAGAUGCACUUCAAAACCCCCAAGAUCUCCAUGCCCGACAUCGACCUGAACCUCAAAGGCCCAAAACUGAAGGGGGAUGUGGACAUUUCUGCCCCCAAACUGGAAGGUGACCUCAAGGGCCCAGAAGUGGACAUCAAAGGUCCUAAAUUGGACAUCGAAGCUCCUGAUGUGGACAUCGAUCUCCCAGAGGGGAAGGUGAAGGGCCCCAAGUUCAAGAUGCCCGAGAUGCACUUCAAGGCCCCCAAGAUCUCCAUGCCCGACUUUGACCUCAACCUGAAGGGCCCCAAGGUCAAAGGUGACGUCGAUGUGUCCGUGCCAAAGCUCGAAGGGGACCUGAAAGGGCCGGAGGUGUCACUGGAAGGUCCAAAGGUGGAUGUAGAGGUGCCUGACGUGGAGCUGGAAUGUCCAGAGGGGAAGAUCAAAGGCCCCAAGUUCAAGAUGCCCGAGAUGCACUUCAAGGCCCCCAAGAUCUCCAUGCCCGACUUCGAUCUCAACCUGAAGGGCCCCAAAGUGAAGGGGGACGUCGAUGUGUCUGCUCCAAAACUGGAAGGGGACCUGAAGGGCCCAGAAAUUGACAUCAAAGGCCCCAAAGUCGAUGUUGACCUUCCUGAUGUUGAUCUGGAGUGUCCUGAGGGGAAACUGAAGGGCCCCAAGUUCAAGAUGCCCGAGAUGCACUUCAAGGCCCCCAAGAUCUCCAUGCCCGACAUCGACCUGAACCUGAAGGGCCCCAAAGUGAAGGGGGACGUCGAUGUGUCUGCUCCAAAGCUGGAGGGAGACCUGAAAGCCCCAGACAUCAAUAUCAAAGGCCCCAAAGUCGAUGUUGAUCUCCCCAAUGUUGAGCUAGAGUGUCCCGAGGGGAAGAUCAAAGGCCCCAAGUUCAAGAUGCCCGAGAUGCACAUCAAGGCCCCCAAGAUCUCCAUGCCUGAUGUAGAUUUCAGCCUCAAGGGCCCCAAGGUUAAGGGGGAUAUCGAUGUCUCUGUCCCAAAGCUGGAGGGUGACCUGAAGGGUCCUGAACUGGACAUCAAGGGCCCCAAAGUGGACAUUGAGGCACCCGAUGUGGACAUUCAUGGCCCAGAAGGAAAAUUCAAGAUGCCCAAGUUCAAGAUGCCCAAAUUUGGGCUGAAGGGAGAAGGCCCCGAGGUGGACGUGAACCUCCCAAAAGGAGACCUGGAUGUGUCUGGCCCCAAGGUGGACGUGGAGAUGCCGAGUGUGGACAUUGAGGGCCCCGAGGGGAAGAUCAAAGGUCCCAAGUUCAAGAUGCCUGAGAUGCAUUUUAAGACCCCAAAGAUCUCCAUGCCCGACAUUGACCUGAACCUGAAAGGUCCCAAGGUCAAGGGAGAUGUUGAUGUUUCUCUUCCAAAAGUGGAAGGGGACCUGAAGUGCCCUGAACUGGACAUUAAAGGCCCCAAAGUCGAUGUUGACCUCCCCGAUGUUGAGCUGGAAGGACCCGAGGGGAAGAUCAAAGGCCCCAAGUUCAAGAUGCCCGAGAUGCACAUCAAGGCCCCCAAGAUCUCCAUGCCCGACGUUGACUUUAACCUGAAGGGCCCCAAGGUCAAGGGGGACAUGGACGUGUCCCUUCCAAAGCUGGAGGGUGACCUGAAGGGCCCAGAAAUUGACAUCAAAGGCCCCAAAGUGGACAUUGAGGCACCUGAUGUGGACAUUCAAGGCCCAGAAGGAAAAAUAAAGUUCCCCAAGUUCAAGAUGCCCAAAUUUGGGAUGCCCGGGGUCAAGGCAGAAGGUCCCGAGGUAGAUGUGAACCUCCCUACAGGAAACCUGGAUGUGAGUCGUCCCAAGGUGGACAUUGAAGGUCCAGAGGUGGACGUUGAUCUCCCAGAGGGGAAGGUGAAGGGCCCCAAGUUCAAGAUGCCCGAGAUGCACUUUAAGGCCCCCAAGAUCUCCAUGCCCGACGUCGACUUCAACCUCAAAGGCCCCAAACUGAAGGGGGACAUCGAUGUCUCACUCCCCAAACUGGAGGCUGACGUGAAUGCCCCAGACAUCGACAUCAAAGGCCCCAAAGUCGAUAUUGAUCUCCCCAACGUUGAGCUGGAAGGACCCGAGGGGAAGAUCAAAGGCCCCAAGUUCAAGAUGCCCGAGAUGCACAUCAAGGCCCCCAAGAUCUCCAUGCCCGACGUCGAUUUCAGCCUCAAGGGCCCCAAGGUCAAGGGGGACAUCGAUGUCUCUGUCCCUAAACUGGAAGGUGACCUGAAGGGUCCUGAACUGGACAUCAAAGGCCCCAAAGUUGACAUUGAGGUACCCGAUGUGGACAUUCAAGGCCCAGAAGGAAAAAUAAAAUUCCCCAAGUUCAAAAUGCCCAAAUUUGGGAUGCCCGGGGUCAAGGCAGAAGGUCCCGAGGUGGACGUGAACCUCCCGACAGGAAACCUGGAUGUGAGUGGCCCCAAGGUGGACAUUGAAGGUCCAGAGGUGGACGUGGAGCUGCCAGAGGGGAAGGUGAAGGGCCCCAAGUUCAAGAUGCCCGAGAUGCACAUCAAGGCCCCCAAGAUCUCCAUGCCUGAUGUUGACUUCAACCUGAAGGGCCCCAAGCUGAAGGGGGAUGUUGAUGUCUCCCUUCCAAAGCUCGAAGGUGACCUGAAGGGUCCUGAAAUUGACAUCAAAGGCCCCAAAGUCGAUGUUGAUCUCCCCGAUGUUGAGCUGGAAGGUCCCGAGGGGAAGAUCAAAGGCCCCAAGUUCAAGAUGCCCGAGAUGCACAUCAAGGCCCCCAAGAUCUCCAUGCCCGACGUCGAUUUCAGCCUCAAGGGCCCCAAGGUCAAGGGGGACAUCGAUGUCUCUGUCCCUAAGCUGGAGGGUGACCUGAAGGGCCCUGAACUGGAUAUCAAAGGCCCCAAAGUGGACAUUGAAGCACCCGACAUCGACAUUCACGGCCCAGAAGGGAAAAUUAAAAUGCCCAAAUUCAAGAUGCCCAAAUUUGGCUUUUCUGGGCCGAAAGUGGAAGGCCCCGAGGUGGACGUGAACCUCCCUGAGGCUGAGGUCAACCUUUCGGGUCCAAAGGUCGACGUUUCUGUCCCCGACCUGGACAUUGAAGGCCCUGAAGGGAAACUGAAGGGCCCCAAGUUCAAGAAGCCGGAGCUGCAGUUCAACGUCCCCAAGAUCUCCAUGCCCGACAUCGACCUGAACCUGAAAGGCCCCAAACUGAAAGGUGACCUCGAUGCUUCUCUUCCCAAGGUCGAGGGCGAGCUGAAAGGCGCCAAACUGGACGUCAAGGGGCCAGAGCUUGAGCUGGAGGGGCCAAAGGUUGACCUCGAAGGAAAAGCUAAAAAAUCCAGGUUUAAACUUCCCAAGUUUGGCUUUUCUGGCCCAAAGGUUCAAAGCCCCGAGGUGGAUGUGAAGCUUAAAAAACCUGAGGUGGAACUGUCCGGCCCCAAGGUCGAGGUCCAGGCUCCGGAUUUGGACAUCCAGGGAAAAUCCAAAGGCUCCAAAUUCAAAAUGCCUUUUCUGAACAUUUCUUCACCCAAAGUCUCGAUGCCGGACGUGGAGCUGAACCUGAAGGGGCACAAAAUGAAAGGAGAGUUUGACCUGUCCACCCCCAAAGUGGAAGGGGAGCUGAAAGGACCAGAGGUGGACAUCAAGGGCCCCAAGGUCAACAUCGAGGCCCCUGACGUGGACGUUCACGGCCCCGAGGGGAAAAUCAAAAUGCCCAAGUUUAAAAUGCCCAAAUUUGGUGUUCCUGGGUUUAAAGGGGAGGGGCCAGAGGUGGACGUGAACCUGCCAGGAGGAGAACUGGACGUGUCCGGUCCUAAAGUGGACAUUGAAGGUCCAGAAGUGGACAUUGAGGGGCCGGAGGGGAAGAUCAAAGGCCCCAAGUUCAAGAUGCCCGAGAUGCACAUCAAGGCCCCCAAGAUCUCCAUGCCCGACAUCGACCUCAACCUGAAGGGCCCCAAGGUCAAGGGGGACGUGGACGUGUCCCUGCCCCAGGUGGACCUGAAAGGACCCAAGGUGGACGUGGAAGUUCCCGACAUCGACGUUGAAGGUCCGAAAGGGAAAAUCAAAGGCCCCAAAUUCAAAAUGCCCGAGAUGAACAUCAAAGCUCCCAACCUCUCCAUGCCGGACUUGGACCUCAACCUGAAAGGCCCCAAGGUCAAAGGUGGGGUGGACGUCGAUCUGUCUGCACCAAAAAUUGAAGGGGACCUGAGCUUGCCGGACGUGGACAUCAAAGGCCCCAAAGUGGACAUUGAAGGCCCAGAGGUGGAAGUUGAAGGGCCAGAGGGGAAGAUCAAAGGCCCCAAGUUCAAGAUGCCCGAGAUGCACAUCAAGGCCCCCAAGAUCUCCAUGCCCGACGUUGACUUCAACCUCAAAGGUCCCAAAUUGAAGGGGGAUGUCGAUAUUUCUGCUCCAAAGCUGGAGGGUGACCUGACGGGCCCAGAAAUUGACAUCAAGGGCCCCAAAGUGGACGUUGAUGUGCCAGAUGUGGACAUUCAUGGCCCUGAGGGAAAAUUCAAGAUGCCCAAGUUCAAGAUGCCCAAAUUCGGGAUGCCCGGGGUCAAGGCAGAAGGUCCCGAGGUGGACGUGAACCUCCCGACAGGAGACCUGGAUGUGAGUGGCCCCAAGGUGGACAUUGAAGGUCCAGAGGUGGACGUUGAUCUCCCAGAGGGGAAGGUGAAGGGCCCCAAGUUCAAGAUGCCCGAGAUGCACAUCAAAGCCCCCAAGAUCUCCAUGCCCGACAUCGACCUGAACCUGAAGGGCCCCAAAUUGAAGGGGGACGUUGAUGUUUCUCUUCCCAAAGUGGAAGGGGAUCUGAAAGGCCCCGAACUGGACAUCAAAGGCCCCAAAGUCGAUGUCGACCUCCCUGAUGUUGAGCUGGAAGGUCCUGAGGGGAAGGUGAAGGGCCCCAAGUUCAAGAUGCCCGAGAUGCACUUCAAGGCCCCCAAGAUCUCCAUGCCUGACUUCGAUCUCAACUUGAAGGGCCCCAAAGUGAAAGGAGAUGUGGACGUGUCACUGCCAAGCGUGGAAGGAGACCUGAAAGGGCCGAAGGUGGAUGUGAAAGGCCCCGAAUUCGAUGUUUCUGCCCCAGAUAUCCAAGUUGAGGGCCCUGAUGGGAAGAUCAAAGGCCCCAAGUUCAAGAUGCCCGAGAUGCACAUCAAGGCCCCAAAGAUCUCCAUGCCCGACUUUGAUCUGAAUCUGAAGGGCCCCAAAUUAAAGGGAGAUGUUGAUGUGUCUGUCCCCAAGCUGGAAGGGGACCUGAAGGGCCCAGAAAUUGACAUCAAAGGCCCCAAAGUCGAUGUUGACCUUCCUGAUGUUGACCUGGAAGGGCCCGAGGGGAAGAUCAAAGGCCCCAAGUUCAAGAUGCCCGAGAUGCAUUUUAAGACCCCCAAGAUCUCCAUGCCCGACAUUGACCUGAACCUGAAGGGCCCCAAAGUGAAGGGGGACGUGGACGUUUCCCUUCCCAAAGUGGAGGGAGACCUGAAGGGUCCUGAAAUUGACAUCAAAGGCCCCAAAGUUGAUGUCGACCUCCCCGAUGUUGAGCUGGAAGGUCCCGAGGGGAAAAUCAAAGGUCCCAAGUUCAAGAUGCCCGAGAUGCACAUCAAGGCCCCCAAGAUCUCCAUGCCCGACGUCGACUUCAACCUCAAGGGCCCCAAGGUCAAGGGCGAUGUGGACGUGUCCCUUCCAAAGCUGGAGGGCGACCUGAAGGGCCCUGAACUGGAUAUCAAGGGCCCCAAAGUGGACGUUGAUGUGCCAGACGUGGACAUUCACGGCCCUGAGGGAAAAUUCAAGAUGCCCAAAUUCAAGAUGCCCAAAUUUGGGAUGCCCGGGGUCAAGGCAGAAGGUCCCGAGGUGGACGUGACCCUCCCGACAGGAAACCUGGAUGUGUCUGGCCCCAAGGUGGACAUUGAAGGUCCAGAGGUGGACGUGGAGCUGCCAGAAGGGAAGGUGAAGGGCCCCAAGUUCAAGAUGCCCGAGAUGCACUUCAAGACCCCCAAGAUCUCCAUGCCCGACAUCGACCUGAACCUGAAGGGCCCCAAAUUGAAGGGGGACGUUGAUGUUUCUCUUCCCAAAGUGGAGGGGGAUCUGAAAGGCCCUGAACUGGAUAUCAAAGGCCCCAAAGUUGAUGUCGACCUCCCCAACGUUGAGCUGGAAGGUCCCGAGGGGAAGAUCAAAGGCCCCAAGUUCAAGAUGCCCGAGAUGCACAUCAAGGCCCCCAAGAUCUCCAUGCCCGACGUCGAUUUCAGCCUCAAGGGCCCCAAGGUCAAGGGGGACAUCGAUGUCUCUAUCCCAAAGCUGGAGGGUGAACUGAAGGGGCCUGAACUGGACAUCAAGGGCCCCAAAAUGGACAUUGAUGUGCCCGAUGUGGACAUUCAUGGCCCAGAAGGAAAAAUAAAAUUCCCCAAGUUCAAAAUGCCCAAAUUUGGGAUGCCCGGGGUCAAGGCAGAAGGUCCCGAGGUGGAUGUGAACCUCCCGACAGGAAACCUGGAUGUGAGUGGUCCCAAGGUGGACAUUGAAGUUCCAGAGGUGGACAUGGAUCUGCCAGAGGGGAAGGUGAAGGGCCCCAAGUUCAAGAUGCCCGAGAUGCACAUCAAAGCCCCCAAGAUCUCCAUGCCCGACCUUGACCUGAACCUGAAGGGCCCCAAGGUCAAAGGUGACGUGGACGUCUCCCUGCCCAGUGUGGAAGGAGAACUGAAAGGUCCUGAGGUCAACAUCUCCGCUCCCGACGUCACCAUCGACAGCCCCGAGGGCAAAUUCAAACUGCCCAAGUUCAAGAUGCCCAAAUUCUCCAUGCCUGGGUUCAAAGGGGACGGGGUGGACGCGGAGCUGACCCUCCCCAAGGGCGACGUGUCCAUUUCAGGCCCCAGCGUGGACGUGGAGGCUCCGGAGCUGAGCGUGGAUGGGAAAGCCAAAGGUCCCAAAUUUUCCAUGCCCGAGAUGCACAUCAAGGCCCCCAAGAUCUCCAUGCCCGACAUCGACCUCAACCUGAAGGGCCCCAAGCUGAAGGGGGAUGUUGAUGUCUCCCUUCCAAAGGUCGAAGGUGACCUGAAAGGCCCCGAAAUUGACAUCAAAGGCCCCAAAGUCGAUGUUGAUCUCCCCGAUGUUGAGCUGGAAGGACCCGAGGGGAAGAUCAAAGGUCCCAAGUUCAAGAUGCCCGAGAUGCACAUCAAGGCCCCCAAGAUCUCCAUGCCCGACGUUGACUUCAGCCUCAAGGGCCCCAAGGUCAAGGGGGACAUCGAUGUCGCUGUCCCAAAGCUGGAGGGUGACCUGAAGGGGCCUGAACUGGACAUCAAAGGCCCCAAAAUGGACAUUGAGGCACCCGAUGUAGACAUUCACGGCCCAGAAGGAAAAUUCAAGAUGCCCAAGUUCAAGAUGCCCAAAUUUGGGCUGAAGGGAGAAGGCCCCGAGGUGGACGUGAACCUCCCGAAAGGAGACCUGGAUGUGUCUGGCCCCAAGGUGGACGUGGAGAUGCCGAGUGUGGACAUUGAGGGCCCCGAGGGGAAGAUCAAAGGCCCCAAGUUCAAGAUGCCCGAGAUGAACAUCAAGGCCCCCAAGAUCUCCAUGCCCGACGUCGACUUCAACCUGAAGGGCCCCAAGGUCAAGGGGGACAUCGAUGUCUCUGUCCCCAAGCUGGAGGGGAACCUGCAGUGCCCAGAUGUCGACCUCAAGGGCCCCAAAUUGGACAUUCAGGUGCCAGAUGUGACCCUGGAAGGGCCCACGGUCAAGAUGCCCGAAAUUCACGUCAAGACCCCCCAGAUCUCCAUGCCCGACAUCGACUUGAACCUGAAGGGCCUGAAGGUCAAAGGUGACACUGACCUGCAUGGCCCCAAGCUUGAGGGGGGUCUGAAGGGGCCCGAGGUCGACAUCAAAGGCCCCAAAGUCGACAUCGAGGGCCCGGCGGUCGACGUUGAUGGUCUGGAGGGAAAAGUGAAGCUGCCCAAAAUGAAAUUGCCCAAAUUUGGCUUUAAGGGAGAAGGUCCUGAUGUGGACGUGAACUUGCCGAAGGCCGAGGUGGAUCUAUCUGGCCCCAAGGUUGAUCUCAGCCUGCCGGAGGUCAACGUUGAAGGUCUGGAGGGCAAAGUGAAAGGUCCUAAACUGAAAAUGCCCGAAAUGCACGUGAAUGUCCCCAAAAUCUCCAUGCCCGAGAUAGACUUGAACUUGAAAGGCCACAAAACCAAGGGCGGCUUUGAUAUUUCCACCCCAAAGGUGGAAGGUCACCUGAAAGGCCCCGAGGUCGACCUCAAAGGCCCAGAAUUCGGGGUCAAAGGCCCCGAUGUUGAUGUUGAAUGUCCUGACCUGAGUGUCGAGGUCCCAGAAGCCAACAUCAAAGUUCCCAAGUUCAAAAAGUCCAAAUUUGGGUUUGGAAUGAAGAGCCCCAAGGCGGAGGUGGAUUUACCUGAGGCAGAGCUGAACGUGGAGUCACCUGAGGCCCACCUGUCCGCGAAGGGGAAGAAGAGCAAGUUCAAGAUGCCCAAAAUCCACAUGAGCGGCCCCAAAGUGAAGGGGAAGAAGGGGGCGUUCGACGUGAACGCGGCGGGGGCCGAGCUGGACGCGGAGCUCAACGUCGCCGGCCCCGACGUCACCGUCGGGGGCAGCGCCGCCAUGAAGUCCCCCAAAGGCAAGAAACCCAUGUUUGGGAAGAUCUCCUUCCCGGACGUCGAAUUCGACCUCAAAUCGCACAAAUUCCGCGGGGAGGCCUCGGUGGGGAUCCCGAAGGUCGAGGGCGAUCUGGAGGUCAAGGGCGACCUCAAGGGCCCGAGCCUCAACGCGGAUGUUGAAGGUCCUGACGUGAACCUGAAAAGCCCAAAAUUCAAACUCCCCGGGCUCCAGGUGGGCGUGGGGGAUGUGAAAAUCGGGGGGGACCUGAAGGGCCCCGGGAUCGACGUCACCCUCCCCUCGGCCGCGGCGCCAGAUGUCGAUCUCAGCGUGAAAGGACCAAAAAUAAAAGGUGAAGCUGGCGUUGCCGGAGCACAACUGGAAGGUCCCGAGGUGAACCUGGGAUGGCCCAAGGGGGGGAAAAUGGGUUUGGGGCUGGAAAUGCCGGACGUGAGCUCGGACGUGGACGUGAAGCUCAAAGGGCCCCAAAUCUCCAGACCCGAGUUGGAGGGGAACCUGAAAGGACCAAAAUUAAAGGGAGAUUUGGACAUUUCAGGCUCCGUGGAAGGGCCCGGCGUCGCCCUGGACACGCCCGGCCUGGACCUCGGCGGCCUGGGGGGGAAGGUGAAGCUGCCCACGGUCAAGUCCCCGACGCUGGAGGUCACGGGGGGCGUCCCCUGCUCCGUCCAGUCCCCGGGGGCCGCCCUGGACCUCAGGGGUCCCUCGCUGGACGUCUCCGGCCCGGAUUUGGAUGUCAGCGCGAAAGGACCAAAGUUGAAAGGAGACGUCGGCGUCAAAUUCCCCCAGGCGUCGGCAGAUGACUCCGGCUUCGAAAUUUUGGGGGGCACCAUCAAGCUGCCGUCCCUGAAGCUGCCCCAGUUCAGCAUCUCCAGCCCCGGCGUGGACGGAGGGGACGCGGGGGUCACUCUGGAGGGGCCCCAGGUCAAGGCGGGGCUGAAGGGCUCCGGUUUGGGGCUGGAAGGUCCCGAGGUGGAACUGAAAGGGCCGAAAUUCUCUGCGCCGGACGUUGACCUGAGGCUGAAAGGACCAAACGUGGACGUGGCCGGUGACAUCAAAGGGUCAAAGGUCAGCGUGGAAGCCCCUCAUGGAGGGGUGGGCGUCCACCUGGAGGCUCCGGCCCUGGAAGUGUCCGGCUCGGGAUUGAACGUCAACGUGAAAGGGCCGAAGGUCAAAGGCGGGGCCGAGGUGACGCCGCCGUCGGUCAGCGCCGCUUCCGGAACCUUCCAGGCCUCCGGCCCCAAGGUGGGCGCCGAGGGCGGCCAGGUCAAAGUGUCCUUCCCCAAGCUGCGGAUGCCGAAAUUCGUCUUCUCCGAGCCCGAGGCCAAGGGCCGCGAGGUCGGGGUGGACGUCGACUUCCCCGGCGCCGACGCGGCCGAGCCGGAGCCGGACGAGGCCGAGGCGAGGCUGAAGAAAUCCAAGCUCAAGAUGCCCAAAUUCAACUUCUCCAAGCAGAAGGGGCGGGGCGGCGGCGGCGGCGGCGCCCCGGGCUGCCCCGAGGCGUCGGGCUCGGUGUCCGGCUCCAAGGGCGACCUCAAGAGCUCCAAGGCCAGCCUGGGCCCGGCCGAGGGCGAGCCGGAGGCCGAGGCGCCGGCGGCCAAGGCCAAGUUCUCGCUGUUCCGCAGCAAGAAACCGCGGCCGCGCUCGUCGUCCUUCAGCGAUGACCACUCGGCCGAGCCGGACGCCGCCAGGCAGCCCAAGAGCAAAUUCGGGACCUUCGGGGGCAUCGGCUCCAAGGCCAAGGGCUGCUACGAGCACUUUAACGGCGAAUUAACGGGAGAAGAACCAGGGUGGAAAUCGCAAAUAAAAAUCGUUUAUUAACCGCG